AUGCCUCAUUUCCCUAAGGGUACUGGAUUCGAGAUGAAGUCAGACGGCGCACAGCGGAACAUCAGGUCCAGCUCAGUGCAACCGUCCCCUGCCAUGAGAGUGAAAAACCGUCGCAAACGCUAUCUGGACAUGCAUCCGGAAUACUUCUCCGCUGAUCUCGAGCUCGCUGCCCCUGUAGACCCGUUGCUAUACGAUCGACUAAUCCGCCGGUUCCAAACACCUGCAGAAAGAGAAGCCGAAGGGAGAGCGAAAGCGUUUUCUGGUGUUCUUCAAGCAGACUUGCAACGCUCAGAGGCCAAGCUUGAUGCUCUCAAUAAUCCCAACCCCCAUGCGAUGUUCAGCUAUAGUCGUGGUCCAAGUGGGGAGAUCAUUGCGGAGGACGCAGAUGAGAUACCCACAAGCAAAGAGGAAGCUGAAAAACUUUGGCGCUGGGAAAUGACGAUGCGUUUUCUGAAAGGGGAGGACUGCGACUUUGACUAUACGCAAGUUGACGAGAAUGAUGAAUAUGAUGACUGGACUGAGGAGCAGGAGCGUUACUUUGACGACGAAGAGCCUGAAUGGAUGGUUGAGGGAACUGAUGGAGAUAUCAAGUCCCACUUGCAGGGAGAGACAGGCAUACAGGAUUUUUGA